AUGGAAAGUAGUACAAAUAGCUCAAUCACUGCUGACUUUGGCCGGGUCGUUUGGGUUUCUGACCAGAUCCACGGAUUCGUAGCAGCAAGGAUCACCGACUUUUCGAAAGAUGGCUUCACUCUGAUCACUGAAGGGACAAAUCAAACUAUAACCCGUCGCUAUGACGAGACAUUUGCAUGCGAGGAGGAUUCGCUGACGUCAGUGGAGGACAACUGCGGUCUGAUGCACCUGAAUGAGGCGACUCUUCUCAAUAACUGCAGGUUACGGUACUUGAACAAGAACAUUUACGUUAGUAUAUCAGCCCACUUCCCUCGAAAAUUUGUUUUUUUUUCAGUCAUACGUAGCCAGUAUACUGAUAUCCAUCAAUCCUUACCAGCAGAUUGAUAACCUCUACUCAAAUGAAACGAUCAAGCAAUACAGAGGGAAAUCGAUCGGCCUCAAACCUCCGCACAUCUUUGCAAUUGCUGACAACGCUUACAGAGAGAUGCGCCGCAGUAAAGUAUCUCAGUCUAUAAUAGUGUCAGGAGAGUCUGGAGCCGGAAAGACAGAAUCUCAGAAGGCUAUUCUUAAAUUCUUGUGUGAAAAUUGGGGAGCCGAGGCGGGACCUAUUCAAGAGCGAUUGCUUGAAAGUGAGCGUUUUCUCCCCGAAAAAACAUAUAUUCGCACUUCUUUUACAGCCAAUCCCAUUCUGGAAGCAUUCGGUAAUGCUAAGACUCUUCGAAACAACAAUUCGAGCAGAUUCGGCAAAUUUGUUCAAGUACACUUUGCUAAAAACGUAAUGUCAAAUUUAUAGAAAGUAUGUAUGAAUCGUGUGCUUACAGGGUAGUUUAACUGGAGGUUUUGUGUCGCAUUACUUGCUCGAGACUACAAGAGUGUGUCGUCAAGCACCGGGAGAGCGCAAUUACCAUAUUUUCUAUCAACUGAUCGCUGGCUCCAGUGACGAUCUCUACAAGCAACUGAUUCUCUCACCGCCUCAUACUUUUAAUGUAAGGAAGUAGAAGGACUUUCAAGUCUUCUUCCAUUUUCACUGAUUUUCAGUAUCUUCGACACGGCGCCAAAAUGUUCUUCGUGCAUAACAACUCAGAGGCUCAGAAAAUUGGAAAGGAUCGAGUUUCUGCUUCAGGAGCAAACUUCGCCAUUGAUCCGGUAGUAGACGAUUUCACGGACUUUACAAAGCUUGAAAAGGCCUUAGAAUCGUCUGGAAUAGGAGAACAAGAACGGCAGAGCAUCUGGUGUACAGUGGCAGGAAUCCUUCAUCUCGGAAAUAUCAAUUUCGAAGAGAGUGCGAGCGAUUCCCGCGGAGGAUGUGAGAUCAGUGCCGACUCUGAAACAUCUUUGGAGAAUGCUGCAAGACUCCUCGGACUUUCUUCGCAAGAAAUGAAGAUGGGCCUUUGUGCAAGAAUAAUGCAAGCGACAAAAGGAGGAGUCAAAGGAACUUUGAUUCGUGUGCCACUAAAAGUUCAUGAAGCAUCGGCUGGAAGGGACGCUCUGGCUAAGGGAAUUUACUCAAAACUUUUCGAUUGGCUUGUUGCUCGGGUGAACCAAAGCAUCCCAUUUGAGACGAGUUCUGGGUUUAUCGGAGUUCUCGACGUGGCUGGAUUCGAAUUUUUCGCAACGAACUCGUUUGAGCAGUUUUGCAUAAACUUCUGCAAUGAAAAACUUCAAAACUUCUUCAACGAGAGGAUUCUAAAACAAGAACAGGAACUUUACUCCAAAGAAGGAUUGAACAUUGAAAGAAUAGAGUUUCUUGAUAAUCAAGAUUGCAUUUCUCUGUUCGAAUUGAAGUCUUCUGGUCUUUUCGAUCUACUUGAUGAGGAAGCAAAGUUGCCACGUCCCACAUUCCAACACUUCACCCAAAGAGCACACGAAUCCAACAAGAACCACUUUCGUUUGGACGUAAGAACAUGGUUCCGCAGAAAAUUAAAAUGUAGACUCACACAGACUCCACGCAAAUCAAAGAUCAAGUCUCAUAGAGAAAUGAGAGACGAUGAAGGAUUUUUGAUCAGGCAUUAUGCUGGAUCGGUGUGCUACGAGACAAGACACUUUGUGGAGAAAAACAAUGACCAAUUGCAAAACUCUCUGGAAAUGCUAAUUGAACAGUCUUCGUACGUUUGGUUAAAACACGUAGAACGAGGAUUUGAACUAUUUUCAAUUCAAAUAACUCAUAAGCUCCAAAUGUUCUCAAUCAGUAUAAUUUAGGAUUCCUCUUAUCAUAUCUCUGUUCACAAAACCUUCAUGUGAUGGUCUUAAGAAGGGAGGAAAACUGAAAGCGCAGAGUGUUGGUGUGAAGUUCAAAGCUCAGCUGUCUAUUCUGAUGGAAAAAUUAAGAGAAACGGUAACAAAAGCAGUCGAAAGUCGAAUGAUCUUCAUUUGUUCAGGGUACACACUUCGUCCGUUGCAUGAAACCGAACAACCAGAUGGACGCGUGGGUAUUUGAUGGGUCGGUGUUGUUGGCCCAGUUACAGUGCGCUGGGAUGACUUCGGUAUUACAAUUGAUGCAGGAAGGAUUCCCGAGCAGAGCAUCAUUCGCUGACCUUUAUUCUAUGUAUCAGAAGAGACUGCCUCCGAACUUGUCCCGACUCGACCCUCGACUUUUUUCGAAAUGCCUUUUCCGUGCCCUUGGUCUCAAUCAAAAUCAUUUCCAGUUUGGGCUCACAAAGGUAUUUUUCAAAGCCGGAAAAUUUGCCGAAUUCGAUCAGGUAUGUAGUGUCAAUGGUUGUUUUGAUGAAAUUUCUUUUAAGAUAAUGGUACAAGAUCCAGAAACUAUGAAUGAGUUGAUUGCCAAAGUAAACGAUUUUCUGGUCAAAGCACGAUGGAGGAAGGCUCAGUAUGGCGCCUGGAUUGUUUUGAAACGUAUGAGUGGAUGAAGGAUUUUAUAAAGAUUUAAAAAAUUUUAAGUCAAAAAUAAGAUACUGUACCGUGCGAAGAAAAUCAAAAUAAUCCAGGCAUGGAUGCGUGGAUAUCUAGUUCGCAAGAGGUUUCAGAGAAGGUGAGUUUCUUCCAUCGGGAAACAUCUACCAGUGGAGAUUAGCUCUUUUCUCAUCCAAUUUUGUUUUGUUUGUCUUGGAACAAACCCGAAGAAAGCCCAUCUCCAUUUCCUUUGCUUUUUUUUAGGCUCCUUCUCUCCUCUCUCCGUUUUUCAGACUAACCUCGGCAAGAAAAACGAUAAAUAUUUUUUCUCAUCUUACAAUUAUUCUCGCUUCUUUUGCAAAAAUAUUUGCUCUUAUUUUUUUCAAAAGCGUCUGAGAGUAAUAAUGAAUCUGGGAGUUAUUUAAGCUGUAUCGAAUAGAGCCCAGGAGAAGCAAUGAGAAAAGGUGUCUCUCGCUCCCAAAUAACUUCCGAAUGUCAUCCUUUUUAUGGUCUCUUUGAGAAGAAAGACGAAACUCUUCUGAAAUUAAGUUCGUUAUGCGCGACGCUUCUUCUUCUCUUCAAUGUUGCUUAGUCUUGUUAGUUUCCCAUCUUAAGUUCUUCAAUUUUUACUCAUACGUAGUAUUUCUUUCAUGUUACACAAAAAACAAGCCAACUUAAUGUUAUACUAUACUCUUUGUGUCCAAUGCGUAGUGUUUCAUAGUAGAUACGAGUAUAAUUGGAUUUUCAGUUUUUCAAAAAUUUACUCGACCUGCCAUUUUAGUUCAUUCUCAUAAAAUUCCAGUUGAAAAAACUUAGAUACAAUACUCUGGUUCUCUCCCCUAUCCGUGUAGAUACUGUAGAUACCGGCCCACAUCGUGUAGAUACCGGCCCACAUCUCUGUGAAUGACCAUAAACUGAAAUUCAGCCCACGUCUAUUAGAAUAUGUCUACGUAUUCAUCCUGAGCCUGAAAUUGAUGAGAAAACGUGCUGUUCGGAAAGAAUUUCUCUUACUAUUUUCUAAUUCACCAACUGCUCAUUCUCUUUUAUGGGAGCUUGUCGACCGAAAAACGACGGGUCACAUUUAUUGAGCCUCGAGGGAAUUUCGGAGUGUGCUUUUUUGAGUCCACACGUUCCCCUCCUGUCUUCGUAGUUUUUACGUCCUAUUUUCUGCUAAGCAUCUCCGAGCAACCAUUCUUAAUUGUGUUGCUACGUAUAGAUUCAAACGGGAAAUCGACGAGCCCCUCGAUCGAUUUUUGCUAUUUCAAACAGUAAUUUUUCAGGCUUGCUGUCUAUAGGAAAGCAUGUGUCCUGCUGGAUCACUCGCGUGAAAUGACUGAUGUUGGUUUAGUGUUCUUCCUUCUUGCCUUCGUGGUUGGACACUAAUUUGUUUUUGUUUUCUUUAUUUGCAGAUUCUGGCUCGUAUGAAUGAGUCGAGCAAAGAUACAUGGAGUAGGCCGGCGGAGGCAACAACAUGUGACCUCGAAGAGCUGGUCUCGAGAAUCAGAAAUGUAGACGAGGAGACAGAAGUGGAUCGGGCAGUCAAGUGUUAUGAGGAAUGUGUGAGGCGCGUUGACUCCAUGAUUGCCGAACUAAAGUAAGGCCACUUCGGUAUAUAUAAAUACUUUGCUUUCAAAGGAACCAACUAGAGAGCGACGAGUUUGCAGAAGUGGAAAGGAGAAGAAUAGAAGCGGAAGAGAAGGAACGGCGUGAUAUUGACGAGAAGGCAGCUGCAGAUCAUGAGCGACUUUUGUUAGGCGUUGUUAAAAACAGUAAGAUAGUAGUUAUCUUUUCAGAAGAAUAAAAAUGGAAGAAGAACGGAAGAGAGUGCAGAAAGAGUACGAAGAUCAGUUGGAAGCGCAAAUCGGGAAGGAAGAAGCAGAGCAAGAAGAAAAUGUUCGAAAACGGAUCUGUGAGGAUCGGGACCGUCUCGACAUUAUUGUCUCUUCCCGACUAGCUACUUCCGAUGGGAUUGCACUGGUUCCCUCCGAUCCUCAACACGCGGUUUCUGCUCCAAUACAAUUGAAAUAUGACCUAGGAAACUGGAAAUAUGCGGAUCUCCGAGAUGCAAUUAACACGAGCAAUGGUGCGUUUGGAAUUUUCAUUCUCUCUUCUCUGCGCUUCGAGAGAAUAUGUUUUCUUUCCUAAAUGUCUGUUCUCUAAUUCUAGUUUUACAUCUUAUCUGUUUACAGACAUGGACCUAUUGGUGGCAUGCAAGGAUGAGUUUCAUCGUCGACUCCGAAUUUACAACGAGUGGAAGUCGCUCAACUCGGUGAAUAGAGAUGUGCCUCCGACGCGUGCUCCACUUGCCAUUUAUAAUCAACGUUACUGUAUACAUGAAGAUACAAUUGAAAAAUAUGUUUUUUCCAGAAAAGAAGUCGACCUCGGUGAUCUCACUUUCGCGUGGCUCAAUCGCACCGCACUUGAAUCCAGCUUUAACACAACAAAGAUAUUUCAAAUUGUCGUUCACAACAGAUGCUAACUCAAACAAAAAAAGUAUCAGUCUUGAUAUAAGCCACACCUCCACUGAAGUAUUUUUAGGUGGAGGAGCUCAAUCUGGAAUGUGGUACGCUCACUUCAACGGCCAGUACAUUCAGAGGCAGCUCACACUGCGACCAUCUCAAAAGCCUCAGCUUCUGGUUUCAGGUUGGUUGUCUUUUAGGAAUGACGUAAACUCAAAAAUGAAGUAUUUUUAGGAAGAGAUGACUUGCAAAUGUGUGAACUUCCGCUUGAGCAAACUGGUCUCCUAAGGAAAAAGGGUGCCGAGAUAUCGGCGAAUGACUUUGACACUAUGUGGCAACACUACGGCGGACAAGUACUCAACAAAUGGACCCCGUAG